AUGUCGCAUGUCACCGACGAUGCCCGAAUAGACAAUGUCAAUGGCCAAGACCAUGACUCGCCAAAUGAACAAACCUCGCUCCUUCCACACCCGACUCCUCAUCCCACCACAUGGAGCGAAAUUGAGAGUCAAAGAAAAUUCUCUGAUUCUCCCGGGAAAUGGUGGCUAGCAGAAUGUUGGGGGUUAUUGAAGGACUCGUUGCCCGUGAUCUUUGGAUAUACGUUACAAAUGAGUCUACAAACCACGACGGCAAUUAUCAUAGGACAAUCUUCUCCCAUGAACUUGGCGGUUGCAGCAUUUUCACAGAUGUUUGCGCUAGUUACUGGGUGGAUGAUUGCCUUGGGAGGAACAACGGCUCUUGAUACUAUUGCUUCGUCAACCUUCACUGGCAGUGAGAACAAGCAUGAUCUGGGAAUCUUGCUUCAACGGGCGCUCGUUGUUUUGAGCAUCUUUUUCAUACCCAUCGCUUUUCUCUGGGCUUAUUCGGAUCCUUUAUUCAGAAUGCUUGGUCAAGAUCCUGAGCUCUCCUAUCUUAGUUCACAGUAUCUCACGGUAUUGAUCCCUGGUGGACUCGGGUAUAUCUUUUUUGAGGUCAUGAAGAAGUACCUGCAAGCUCAAGGACUAAUGAGAGCCGGAACGUAUGUGCUUUUGAUCGUUUUGCCAUGCCAUGUGGCAAUGACCUAUCUCUUCUGCUAUAAACUGGAAAUCGGCCUACUCGGCGCUCCUCUAGCUUCCGACAUCUCAUACUGGCUAGCCUUUGCUCUCCUGGUACUUUACAGCAAGCUCAUUGCUGGCUCUGAGUGCUGGGGUGGCUUCUCGAGGGCAGCUUUCGACAAUAUGUGGACAUUUGUGCGGCUAUCACUCUUGGGUAUCAUGCACAUCGGAACGGAAUGGCUUGCCUUUGAGAUUGUGGCACUGGCAGCAGGGCGCUUAGGCACGAUCGCAUUAGCUGCUCAAAGUGUAAUCAUGACCGCUGACACCGUUAUGAACACAAUCCCCUUUGGUCUUGGUGUGGCAACGUCUUCCCGGAUUGGCAAUCUACUCGGCGACCGGAGUGCAAAGGCCGCGGCACGCACGGCUCAGAUAUCUGCAUUUCUGGCCAUCAUCUUGGGCUCGAUGGUCCUGGCGGUGCUUAUGGGAACCCGAGAUCAUUUUGCCAAAAUUUUCAAUGAUGAUCCGCGAGUGGCAGAGCUGGUGUCGGAGAUCAUGCCACUGGUUGCUCUUUUCCAAAUCGCAGAUGGUCUCAAUGGAAGUUGCGGUGGCAGUUUGCGUGGCAUGGGCAGACAGCACAUUGGCGCUGCUGUAAACCUGGUCAGCUAUUAUUUAUUUGCCCUGCCGUUGGGCAUUUAUCUUGCAUUUCAUGGCUGGGGGCUGAAGGGCCUCUGGGUGGGCCAGUGUGUUGCCCUGUACUGCGUCGGAGUUGUGCAGUGGAUUAUUGUUACGUGCAGUCGAUGGGACAAGGAGGUGAUCAAGGCAUUCGAUCGCAUGGAUACCCAUGAUGAAUAA